AUGCCUUAUUACAACCUGUAUCUGGCCUGGCCCAUCUACUACAUGGUCAAGUCCUGCUCGAGCGUCCUGCCCUGGACAACUUGUGGCAAUGACUGGAACACCGACCUGUGUGUAGAAGACUUGAGGAACGUCACCCACAGCAGCAACAACGGCAUUUCCCCGACUGUUAACAUAACCGUCCCUGUCGCACAGCGUUGGGAAAAUGUCACGCUCGCUCACUCGGCGUCUGAGGAAUUUUGGCAGUACAAUGUACUGAGUAUCUCGACCGGGUUGGAUGACGUGGGGUCUGUACAGUGGCACACAGUUGGGUGCCUCUUUGCAUCAUAUGUGCUCAUGUUUCUGUGUCUGAUUAAUGGAAUUAGGUCCGCGGGCAAGGUUGUGUAUGUGACUGCGCUGCUUCCGUACAUCCUGCUGCUGUCCAUCUUCAUCACGACAUUGCUAAAGCCUGGAGCCACAGACGGCCUUCUAUACUUCCUCGUCCCCGACUUCAAACAACUACUUGACAUACAGGUAUGGCUGGAAGCGUCUUUACAGGUGUUUUAUUCACUAGGUCCUGGCUGGGGAAUGAUAGGCACAGCGGCAAGCUACAAGAAAUUCCACGAACCUUGUCUCAGAGACUGCCUCAUACUGACCAUGGUAUCGGAGGGAACCAGCAUCUUUUGUGGCCUGGUGACGUUCGCUGUUCUUGGAGUGAUGGCACAUAAAACAGGUGUCCCCAUUGCGAAGGUAGUUUCGACAGGUCCAGGUUUGGGAUUUGUAACCUAUCCGGACGCGCUAGCCCAACUUCCGGUCCCUCAGCUGUGGUCAUUCCUGUUCUUUCUGAUGUUGUUGAUGGUUGGCUUAGAUUCUGAGGUAUGA